AUGCUCUACCAGAACCCACCCACAGCCAAUCCUAUGGGGGAGGAUUUCAACUACGCCGAGGCGUUCAAGACACUCGACUUGGAUGCCCUGAAACAGGAUAUUGAUAAGGUGAUGACGACAUCGCAGGAGUGGUGGCCCGCCGACUACGGCCACUAUGGCCCCCUCUUCAUUCGGAUGGCGUGGCACAGUGCAGGCACAUACCGUAUUGGCGAUGGACGCGGCGGUGCAGCCUCCGGCACGUUGCGCUUUGCCCCCCUCAAUAGUUGGCCCGACAACGCGAGCCUCGAUAAGGCGGUCCGGUUGCUCUGGCCGAUCAAGCAAAGUACGGACAGAAAAUCUCGUGGGCCGACCUGA